AUGAAGGGUCGACACCAGUUCCGUCGCCGUUUCAGUCUGCAGCCCUCUUUUAUGAAAGAGGAGCACGAGGAAGAGAGGCGUCCUCACAGAACUGAAAGGACAGAAGACACAGUAUCGAGUAGCGGAAACCUGAAUAGCAAUAGCGUAGUGCGACACAAAAUUGUCGUACUGGGUGCUGCAAAAGUUGGCAAAUCCUCCCUCAUAUCACAGUUCUUGUACAACACAUUCUCACCAAAAUACAAAAGGACUAUCGAAGAAAUGCACCAUGGAGAUUUUAAUGUGUCCGGAGUGAGAUUAACUUUAGAUAUUUUAGACACGUCAGGUUCAUAUGAGUUCCCGGCUAUGAGAACGCUUUCUAUGCAGUCGGCGGACGCGUUCAUUCUCGUAUACGAUAUAACGGAUGCUGAUAGUUUCUCGGAAGUGAGGGCUUUGAGGGAUCAAAUACAUGAAACAAAAGAGAGUACGGCUGUACCGAUUGUGGUGGUUGGCAAUAAAGUGGACCUGGCUGAGACUGGUGCGAGACAAGUAGAAUUCCAUACUACAGAAUCAGUGGUAACCGUCGAUUGGGAAAACGGUUUCGUCGAAGCCUCGGCGAAAGACAACAUCAAUGUAUCGCAAAUUUUCAAGGAGCUUUUGGUGCAAGCUAAAGUUAAAUACAACUUAUCACCUGCGUUAAGGAGAAGGCGGCGACAAUCGUUACCGACGGGGCCCCAAGGACCGCCGGGGUCCAGUCCGACCCCACCGGCUUCAUCGCAUCAACCCCACGUCCCAUCACCUGCGCAACUGGCGCAUCUUCAACAAAUCAGGGAAAGACAUAACAGCAAAAGGAAUUCUUGCAUCAUUUCUUAA